UCUUACACGUAGUUUUUCGCAUACCAUAAGCAGAGCACUGAAUCCGCAUUAACUUUAGAAAAUCGGUCGAAAAUCCGUGUAGUCGGUUCCAAUUCCGUUCUUUCGUUAGUUCCCGGUAGGGAGCGGGAUGCCGUGCGUAUAGUGCCGUUUCGAAUUGAUCCCGGGAAGACACCAAACAUACAUAAAACUUCGAAAUGUUCAAGAAGCUCAAGGAAAAAAUCACCGAAGAGGUGAAGCAAUCUCCGCAGAGACUAGAGCAACUGUCCAAAGGCUUUCAGGCUGCGGUGAGUUCGGCUUCCUCUACAACGUCGGAAAUCUCUGGUAGCGAAAACUUUUUCAGCAUCACAGAGGAUGACACCCCACAGAACUCGCCUCUUCGCCAUUCACAAACAUUGGGCAACAGCAGCACUCCGAUCCAAUCGCAAGGGGAUGACCAGAUAAACAACAAUGGAAAUACCUCGGUAGGUGCCAGUGCUGCGAACGCAAACAACAACAGCAGCAACGCUUCCGGAAGUGGUUCCUCGUUCUUCUCCAACAUAACGAUGACCACCAAUACUGGUGCUAAUAUUAACAAUGGGGUCUCACCAACCAUUAAUCGGACUCGACGGCUGUCCAACUCGUCGAUGGCGAGCGACGUUUCGUUCCGAUUACCGGCCUAUGAUUCUCCAGCUAUCUAUCACCUGGAAACCGAUGUCGACAUAUCGGCUAGCGAAACUGAAUCGGUUUCGGGUGCAGCUAUGGCGUCCACCAACGGUCAGCUCGAUUUGGUCAGCAAAGAGAAACUGUUCCAGGCGUACAAAAAGGCUUUGGACCGAUAUCAGAAAUACCGCGAGCGCUACACCGAGCUUGCUAGGCGUUAUCGGGAACUUGAAAAGGAUAACACCAAGGCACGGUCGGUGUUGGUGGAAACGCAAGAUAAAGCACUGCGACGUAUCAGCGAGCUGCGGGAACAGUGCUCUCUGGAGCAACAAGCCAAAGCACAUUUGGACUCGAAUUUACGCAUGGAAAUCGAUGAACUGCAAUGUGUCGUUAAAACCCUAAAGACCAAACUUGAAGCUUUCGGAGAUAAUCCCGACAAAGUAGACGUUGCAGCCGAGGAGAAAGAUUUAAUAUCUCUUGCCAGCGCCGAUAGUGGUUUCGAGGGAAGGAUAAGGCAGCUGGAAGAUCAAUUGGCUGAAGAGAAACGCUUGAAAGAUGUUUUAAGACAGGAAGUGAUUCAGUUAAAGAAAAGAGAAGAAGAACAUAGUAUUACGGUUGCCGAAAAUAAAAUGGCGAUUCAUUCGGAACUGGAAAGCAAAGAAACAGAAGUUAAAAAACUAAAAGAACAAUUGCAAAGCAUUGAAAAAAAUAUGAAACAAGUACUGCUAGAUAAACAUAGCUUUGGAAAAGAAAUCACUGAGUUGAAAAAUAAGCUUGCCGUUGCUGAGAAAGCUGCCUCAAAGGUGAAGGAUAUGGAAAGCACUAUUGCUGCAAGUAACGAUCAGAAGAAUAAACUUGAAUCAAAAUUUAUCGAUUUCGAACGAAAGAUAAUGGAACUGGAGAAAGAGAAAAACCGAUUGGGUGGUUGUGUUUUAGAUUUUGAAAAAGAAAAUGCUAACCUUACUAGUAAACUCAAAGAAUCCGAGUCCAAAUUUGACCAAACUGUUAAAACCAACGGUGAACUUACUGAAAAAAUUAAGAACUUAGAAAAACUGGCAAAAAGUUUUGAUUCAUCGGAUGAAGUGGAUGCACUGAAAAAAGAGAUAAGCGAAAUUUCAAUACGUAAAGAAGAGCUACAUUCCACAGUUCAAUCAAAUCAAAAUGAACUUCAAGAAAGCAGGUUGAAAUAUUUGGAACUUGAAAAAGCGUUCGAAGAAAACGAGGCAAUCGUCAAAGGGUUGCACGAGCAAAUUGCCAAGCAAAAAUCAGAACAAGAAGAAAAAUCUUCCAUUCUGGAAUCCGUUCAGCACGAACUGGAAGAAAAACGAAACAAAUUAAUUCAGAUGGAAGAUGAAAUAAUUCGGUUGAAGAAGACGGUUUCCUUAGAUCAGGAACAAUUGGCUGAAGUAACCCAAGCUCUAGAUGCAGCCAAAGAAGUUCAUGAUAAAGAUCGUGCAAGUAACGAAGCCAGUUUGAAAGAGGUAUUCGACCAAAAUAACCAUCUUACCGUAGAGUUGAAACAGUUCAAAGAUAAACUGGAAAAGGUUAACAGUAAAUUCAAAAAAAUCACCGAAGAAAAAACUAGCCUAAAAUCUCAAAAUGAUCAAUUGCAAUCGGACUUGAAAACUUAUAAACAGGAAAUAAAUACACUAACCCAACAAAAGGUUGCACUCGCUGAAGAAAUUCGGAACAUGAAAAUCAUCAACGAGCAAUCUGAAUCAGAAGCGUUGCAAUCACUGCAGGAAUCUAUGAGGGCAAGUCUUGCACAGGCCGAAGAACGAUUGCUAGAAACAACUCGAGACCUUAACCACGUGAUUGAGCUGAAAUCUGAAGAAAAUCGUAAGUUAUCUGAUGAGAAAGAUGAAAUGUUUGAAAAACAAGACGUCCUACAAAAGGAGAAGGAUGAUCUUGCCACGGAAACCAGUAAUCUGAAACUCAAGAUUGAUUCAUUGAAAAAUGAAAAGAAAGAUUUGGAGAAAACGCUCGAGCGUGAGAUUCGUGAGAAAACGGAACUGAAGACUCAGGUUACAAAUAUCCUUCAAGAAAUCGGCCGUUUAGAGGAGCAAUUAACCGAUGUCAAAAAUUCACAUUCUGCGAUUUUAAAUGAGAAACAAUCAUUGGAAGAAAAAAUUGAGAGAUUACAGAAGCAACACACCGAGUCGAAACAGAAAGCUGACAAAGAAACUAACCAUAAAUGGCAAACAAAAUUAAAGGAAUUGGAAACUAAAUUACAACAGGUAGAGUGUGAAAAUUCUCAGCUGGCAGAAAAGAAUUGUUUAUUGGAAGAGAACAACAGGCGAACUGCAGAAGAAAUCAAGAAACUUCAAGCCGCUUUGCAGGAUGCGGAAAGUGUUCUCAAAGCUGAAAAGAAAAAAGCGAAAGAAGAACUACGAGGUAAGUGCCAGGAACUGGAAGACAAAGUAAAACAAACCACAGAACAGUUAAACCAAUGCACAGGAGACCAUGCAAAGUUGUUCAACGAAAAAGAACUGUUAGAUCACCAACACAGAUCACUGCAAGAUGCUCUGGAAGCUAAGGAAAAGGAAAAGCUUUGCGUCUUAGAUAACAAUAAAUGUUUAACGGAGGAAUUAGAAUCAAUUAAAGCCAAUUUUAGUGCUCUGGAAGACGAUAAAUUGCAAUUAACUGCGGAAUGCGACCAAUUGAAGAUCGAAAUCGAUAAAUGUCGCUCCGAGAAGGAUUACCUUCAAGGUAAACAGAGCGAAUUGAAAGCCAAGAUGGAAAAACAAAACGAGAUACUUCGCAAAGAAAUCGAAAUCGCUAAAAAUUGCAAUCAGAACAAAUUGGCGGAAUUGGAAGCUCUGGUUAAAAAAUCAAAUGACGAAAAACAAAGUUUUAGCAAAAAAGUAACUGAUUUGGAGAACAAUUUAGAAAAUUACGAGCAAAUUAAAAUUGAAAAUGAAUUUUUAAACACUACAAUUAAACAGCUUGAAGAUGAAUUACAAUCGCUAAAAGAAGAGAAAAACAAACUAAAUGCAGCAGUUAACGGGAAGGAUGCCGAAAUAAAUUCCAUCAAAGGAAAAAUAAGCCAAAGUGAAUCAGCUGUUGAGGGUAAAGACCAGGAAAUCAAAAAGCUCAUAAACGAAUUUGUUUGCAAAGAACAAGAACUAAAGGCUAAAAUUCUCACACUUGAACACGGUAAAGCGGAUGCCGAGAAGCGAUGCAAAGAGGCGACGACGAAUUUCGAGAAGAUCGGAGAAGAGUUAAAAGUUCUUAAAGAGCGUCACGCAGAGAACAAGCAAACGUUGGAGGAAAAGGUUGCAGAGGCUGUGAUAGCUAGGGAUGAACUAAAAAGCGAACUGGAGCGCACCAAGACUGAGCUCGAGGGUACGAUGAGCUUUGAGAAACUUAAUCGAAGCGACCUGGAACAAGAGAGUGAGCAAUUGAAGCAGCAAGUCGAAAAUCUGCAGCAGGAAAACGAACGGCUUAAAAAGGACAGUCAAACCAUUCAAGAAUUGAGAUUAGAAAACGAAAAUUUUAUCAGGGAUUUGGAUGAAAUGAAAAACGAGCUGAAUGUUGCAAUUGCCGAUAAAUUAGAGCUGACGCAACAGCAUUCGCAAUUAAAAGAAAAGUUUGACGCUUUCAAUGCAGAAACCGAGGAGAAUGUUUUAAGGUUCAAACAGGAAAUGGAGACACUGAAGCAGCAACAGGUUUCGAACGUCAGUUCAUCCCUGGUUAACAACAACAACAUCAACGAGGACGAUGAGCGGGAAGAGAGGAACAAAGCGUUCGAUGAUAUGCGAAAUCGGAAGGAUGAGCUGGAGAAUAAAUUGAAAAAAAUAAUGCACGAGGUCCAGGAUGUGUCCAAUCGGAAUCUUUUCCUGGAGCAGAAGUGCGAAAACUAUCUCAUUCUGGAGCAAUCAAAUGAACGGCUGAAGCUUCAGAACGAAAAACUUUCGCGACAGUUAGAUGAGACGUUGGUUUCUAUGCACCAUCACGAGGGAAUCGCGGCAAAUACGGAAUUCGAAUAUCUACGUAAUAUCCUUUUCCAGUAUCUGAGUGGUAGCGUCAACGGCAACAAUUCCACCUUAGUCAAAGUAAUAGCUGCUGUGCUCAAGUUCACUCCGCAGCAAACGCAGGUCGUGCUGGAAAAAGAAGCCCAUAGACGAUCAUUGAUGGGCCAUCUUCUAUAGCAGGAAACGCCUUCGGCUUUUGAGCAGCUUCAGAAACAGGUACUAUUCCGUUAUCAGUACUAGUGAACAUACUUGUCCUAAAGGUAUCUCCCGAAGUCGGGUUGGUUGUACAUACUCUUUAUUCUCUAUGUACAAGUACAGUUGUAUAUGUAAAUGUGUCCUUCUACCCACCACGUGCUAUAAAUCAAAGCAUCAAGAGUUGUUGCAAUGUCUGUCGAAAGAAGCUGGUCGCGCAUCUAAAAUUUAGAUGUCGUGCCGCUUUUUUACCCGGACACGACUGAUUUCGAACGAAAGGUUGUCUACAGUUUCCCAAAGACAUGUGUGAAAAAAGCUCACUAAGGGAAAAAAACAUGCCUGAAGAUACACAGCCAAACAAAAAACCACAACUUAAAAGCGCCAUGUGUUCAAUCGAAACGGUCAAAAGCUAGCAAAUUCAAACACCAGAGAUUAACUAAACAAACAGAACGGAAUCCCGCUGUCCCGCUGUGUUAUUGUGGAUGGUAAGCAAACUUUAAAGUAACGAAUCAAUGGUAACAUUUCACGAUUGAAAGUAACCGGUAGUCUAGAGAGCAAAUAGCGAACCAAAGCUAAGACCCGCUUAAGAUCAACAGUUUUUUUAAAGCAGGUAAGCUUGGAAAAAACUGUGGUCGGUUGUUUAAAUUGUUAAGUGAAGAACGACUAUUGCAUAGCACUUUUCACAGUUGCAGAGAAAGGAUGAAUUUUUAUAUGUAACCAUUUGUUGGUACGCGAUCGUGAAAGGCUCUCUGUUGAGUUGCUGUGUUAUGAACUUAGACUCACGUUUACAUAAACGUUUCUGUGUAAAAGUCUCAAAUUUCUGUUAUUAAAAUGGUUGAAUCCAAACGAUUUGAAUUUUUGACUGGUUUAUUAUGUCUUAAUAAUUGUGUACUUUGCAAACCAGUUUAUUAGAAUGUGAGUUUUAAGCAAUGACAACGUAUCUCUUCAGAUGGUUUUCGUGAAGCAAGAGUUUUGUUUCUACGUUCCGACAGAUUACGUGCAAUUUUUUUUUUUUUUUUGUAUGGAAAAAAAUCUUUUAAAAGUGAAUGAAUCAAUCUUCCAUUUUAUUGGUAGCGUUUAAAGCGCGUCUGUGCGUUAACCUGACUGUAACAUUUUGUUGUGCAUUUCUGUUUAAAAUAUGAUUUAUUUAUAGAUUAUAUGUAUUUUCUGUUGUUAUUUUAGGCUUUAUGCUCUGUACUUUUCUCUCAUGAACAAUACAUAAUUUACCAGAUAGAUUUAUUCGCUUCAAUCGAUCACAGUCAAGCUUGACGUUGAGGAUAGGUCAGCUUUUGCCGAAUCUUAAAUGUGUUUGUAUUUUUUUAGGCGCAUCGCUAACCUUUUGUAGAAAUAUUAAAUAUUUUCAUUAUUCGAACGAAAGCAAAGCGGGUUGAUUCUGGAAUCAAGUCGCUUAUUGCAUUUUUUUUAACAAGAAUCAUUUCAUUGCAGAAUUGUGAAGUGAUACACUUGCAACGAUUUCUUCUGCUUCCGUAUUCCAAUUUACAGUUGAUUUAUUUUGCUUCCGAUCAUCGUUAAUCAGCAGAAAUGUAAACACGCUACUCGAGGGUAAAUUUUUCAGUGACUUCAACGACAUUAGACUUUUUUCGAAGGUCCAACCUUUUUUAAAGCCAAACGAUAAAAAACACUACAACUCUCUCUAUAAAAAGGGAUCUCCAGAAGUAGAAUCCAAAAAUAUCAUUUUACCAUUACUCUUUACUUGUAUUCUGGCAUUCCGGAAAAGGGCUUUCGACCGUUCAAUUUACCUAACAAAGGCUUUCUUACAGCAUAAUCUGAUAAAAAUUAUUUACUCUUAAUAUAAUGGGCGAUGUCCGUACCCUGGGUUCCCAUGGGUCACGGCGGCGGUGUGCAUGCUUGUGAUAAUGAUGGUUUACUAUCAUUGUCCUGAGAGGGUCGUUGCACACAUCUUGUCAAGCAUGGAUCAUAAUAUGACUCAAAUUAGAAGGCGUGCUGGACACCUUUAUUUAAAUUAAAUUAGCGGUAGGCUCAAUGGUGUCCCAAAUUUUCAUGAUCCAUGCUGAUAAGAUGAAUGGGAGUUGAAACACUUGCCCUCCCUUCCGUUGAACAAUGGGAAAAUUUUGUAGUGAAAAUAUCACAUUUUAUCGACAUAAAGUGAUACUUUUCAAUAGGGCAUAAUCUGUUUGGUAAGGUAGUUAGCUAGUUUAGUUUCAUAGAAUUAGGAUGUUUCAAGUAUUGCUAGGUUAGGUAUAGGUAAUGGUAUUCGUCUCCCCAAUGCUCUAGAAAGUGUGCAUUUGCGGUUUAUGAAUUUCGUUGGCUUAUUCUUAAAUCAAGCAUUUUACAAGAACUAGGGGCUCAUUGGACGGGAAUGCUGUUUUGACAAAUAUGAUAUUUCAGUUUGUAAUACACUUUCGACAUUUGUUUUUAUUUAUUUAUUUAGUUUUGGUAGAUUUAUACAUUUUUCGGUUAGGAUUGAAAUUCAUAAAUCGAAGUUUAAAAUAGAAAAUAUGAUUUCGAUAAGCAAGUAUGAGUAGAUAGUUCAGAUCAUUUAUUUCGGGCAUUUAAAAACAGGCACACGGUUUAUUUGAAUUGAACCCCUAUCGUGUAGAUUGAGUAUUAAAGUUUGUUUGAGAAGUUGACCACAAUUAGUGAUAAGGUUUUAAAGAACAGCACUGUUAUUUUCCUGUUCCGUUGAUAAGUUGAUGAUAUUAAUAAAUCUAUUGCUAUUUAACCUUAUAGUUCAUUGUUGAUGAGUUUAAGAGACACCUUUUCUAGAUUCUGUUUUUAUGAUAUCCUAAUUGAGUUAUCGAAUAACCAUGUAGUCGCGUAGAAUCAAUCACUUGAAUAUAUUUUUUACUUAACAAAUCUAUGAUUAUUUCUAAAUCAAACUAGGAAGAAUCCAAAUUUAUGGAAACGAGUAAGGUAGAUGACAGGUAGGGAAAAUUCAACUACGGUAAGAUAGUGAACCCUUCUGACAAUGAUAUCGAGGCGUUAGCAUAUGAUAUCAUAUUAUUUGAUACCAUACUGCUAUUGCUCGGUUGAAUUGAAGGUUGGGUUAACUCGAAGUUCAUAUGGGGCCCACCAACCGUCCUAGUCCGUCGAGCACUAUCUUAACGCUUCCCCUAAACUGGUGCUUCAGAACCCUCGGGCUCUGUUGCCGCUAUCCUUUUCUAAACUAUACUACUCUCAUUUAAAAUUUUCCUCUUCUGUCCCCCGUUCUGUUUUUCCUUUCCGGGUCAGCCAGGCGCUCAUAAACCCAUAAAUAAAAAAAAAAAAAAAAAAAAUAUAAUGGGCGAUGUGUAUUUACUGCCCCAAGAAGCGCUUAGCCUGCCUGAAAAGCAAGCGCAGGAAAUGUAGACAAACUACUCAAGAGUAAAUUUCUGAACGCGUACAUUUACAAAAAAAAUGAAUGGAAGUUUCCUUAAACUGACUUUAAAGUACCGAAAAAAAACUUUUUUGGAUGUUUGGCUAAGUUAAACAUUGGUAGGAUAAGUAUAAUAGAAAAACCUUAUAAAAAGAAAAAGUCCUCUGAUUCUUAUAUUUUAAAAACGCUUCGAUUUUCCAGUCAUCAGUAUCUCUAUGGAUCUGUGUGAUAAUUUUUUUUGGUUUAUCGUUUCUAAAGUUGCACCAAAAGAGUUUUUUAAUAUAAGCAAGCAAUUUCAUUAGCCCUUUAGGAAAUUUACUCAAGUUCUUCUGUAAAAUUCAAGUAUGUACUGUAGUUUCUUUUUCAAUCAAAAGAUGGCACAUUAUUAUGGUUUUAUGACUCUCGAAAAACGUAGCUUCAAAAGCAUGCAUAACUACGGCCCAAGCGAUAUAGAUCAAUAUUCUGCAUUUCCAGCAACGAUUCCCUUACAACAUUUUUAGGCAUAUUUAUCUUUUCACAUUUGAAUACAAAUCCAUUUACCAUCAUGUCACCAUCUACCGCCCAGUUAAGCGGUUUUUCAACUUCAAACAUGUGUAAUAAAAAAACGACGGCAGAUUUUUAUUCGCUUUCUUUUCCAAUACAUCUCAAAACUGCUCUACUUUAAAUAAAAAAUUUAGUGGAAUGCGAAAAAUGUACGCUUUCAAAAAUAAUUAACUAAAAGUUGAGGUGUUCAACUGGCCCUAUUACCGCCCACUCGACUUUUUCGGGUAUCGAUAAUGUUUUCUUAAGGAAAAACUAUCUAAACAACACAGAAACUGUUCUUUUUAAUAUUGUCGAUGUCACGAGCUGUCAAAACCAUAUUUUGGAUCUUGAGAGAAUACAUUUUGUGAAAUCUUUCUCGCAAAUUUUAUACAAAUUUUAACAAAGUGCGUUGACUGACAAAAUGAUGAUUCCCGGCAAACAGCCUCAAGUAAUCGGUUACUUUCAGCGAUAAAACAUCAUUUUCUAACGUAAUCAAACUAAAUGCUUCUUACAAUUUACACUUUUGACACAAUACAUGCGUUAAAAACAAAGAAAUUGUGCGUGACCGGUAAUUAGGAACCCACACUUUUAUUUAUACACCAAUUACCGCCCAUCACUAAACGCUUCAAAAAACAACAACUAUUGAAAAAAUCGAAAAUUUUCCGAUGCAAAUCUAUUCUACAAAAAUCAAACUAUCGUUUCAAGUCGAUUGUUGGACAAAUAGGUACUUUUUAGUAAACAAAACCCCUUUUUUCCCUAGGAGCACAGUUAUGCUUAGUUCGCUAACAGGCGUCGAAUUCAAUAAUUUGACCGGAAACGGAAAACUAAAUAUUUUAUUUCUGGCUAUAGUUAGCAUAAUUAAGUGAUGAUUUUUCAGUGAAAUGGUCGAACAAUGAUGCCGACACAGAACACAGGUCUUAUUUUUGGAGAAAAAAUUCCAGUUUUUUCGAAAUACACACAAAAGGGUGAUUUUGGGCGGUAAAUGGUGUCUGGGCGGUGAAUGGUGACUUGAUGGUAAUUAUGGCAAGGGAGCAGUAUUAAAGUGUAGACGCGCUACUCGCGCGUAAAUUUUUCAAUGUUUAUAAUGACUUUUGCCUGUUUAAGAUCAUGCGAUCAUACAGGAUUUAAAAUGCAACUUUAAGACGCAUUUAUUUAAAUUGACAUCUUCCCGUCAAAGGCACAAGGAUUAGUAAUCUGAUAUUUUAUUCCAAACCCUUGUAAUGAUGAGCGUGUGUCUGUUUUUUGUUCUUUAUUUAUUUUUUUUUACAUUUAUCAUCAAAAAUAAGGCAAAGGGCUUACGGAGAAUGCAGUUUUGAUAAAAAAAUAGCUUUUGCUAACAUUAUAUUUUUAUUUAUCGAUUUGCUAUACUAGCUUAAAAAAAUUCUUAGGUUUACCUAUCCUAAACAGCGCGCGCCCUGCAUCUUAGCUUUUUCCUAAUGAUUCGCAAAAAUUGAGCUGUCUUCAAGAACGGCUGCUUGACUAUAUAUGGAAACCUCCUCUGGAAGAAUUGUAUAAACUUUUAACUACCUACUAAAAUAUUACCACUUACACUAAACACGAAAGAACUCAUAUAAUAAUAGCGAAAUGCGGAAAAGAAAAUAAACACAAAUUUU